AUGCCUCGAAGAGGAUCUAGUCCUUCAAGAGUGUCAUCUCGUCCACAUGCAAAUUUGCCGGCUCGUGCACCUCCAUCUGCUGUUGCACAGCCUCCAGCACAACCGCGACAGCCAGGUUUAAUGGGACAGAUGGCAGCUACAGCCGGGGGUGUAGCUAUUGGUUCAGUUGUUGGUCACGCUGUUACGGGAGCAUUGUCAGGUGGAUUGGGUGGCAAUCCUGCACAGCCUGCUCAGAUAUCCUCAACUUCGGAUCAAUCUCAAUCUCCAUGUCAAUACCAUGUCGAUGAACUUAUUCGAUGCGCUCAGUCUCAAAGUGAUAUAAGUGCUUGCAGUGGCUUCUCUGAAGCUCUAAAAGAAUGCAGUCGCCAGUACGGAUUAUACUAUUAG